GGCAGGCAUUUUGCGUAGCGCUCGGGGGUUCCCACUAGAAGGAGUAGUAAGCUAUUACCGGAUCACGAACAUGCCAGAUAGAUCUGCUCUACAUCAAGCUUAGGCCGUACAGUGGCCAAGGCGGGUAUACAACACCACGAUACUGAUCCCACGAAGAUGGAAUUCCUUGCUAGAGGGAGCUGGGACUUUAAGUUAUAGGAACAUUAAGGUUCCUCAUCGCUGGAGCCUAAAUCCCCCUGAUCGUUGAUCAAAAACGAACCGCUGGACCCUAAGCGUCGACGGCAGUGAGAGACGCCCGUCUCGCAUCGACAUUCGUAGUUUAUAUGCUGGGGGUCUAGUUCCGUCUAAAAUGCCUGCAGAAAAGCAUCCCCGGUCAUACGAUGAGAUGUCGCGGGAGGCGGCGGGGAAGGACUACGCAGUGUGCGACCAAUGCCGCGUCAAGAAGAUACGAUGCGGGAGAGAGAAGCCGUUCUGCUCCAACUGCGUCCGCCUCGGCCAGAAGUGCGAGUGGUCCGGCCACGGCAAAAAAUGCAACCAGACAGCUCUCCUGAGCCAUACAAUCGUAAGGCUCAGCAAGCGCCUCGAAAGUCUAGAGGCUGCGCUAGCAGAGACACAGAACACGGUAAAAAGACUGGUCUCGGAAUCGUCGUCCGGUGCCGACAUCCUUUCUAGACUCCAGCCGGGCUCUAACUGGCCUACUCCCGAGGAAAACACCCCCGUGAGUUAUGACAUGCCAGUGUUCAAGAGGCCUCUCGGUCACUUCAAAAUUCAUCAUGCCAAAGCAAGCGAAAGGUAUUUCGGUCCUACGUCGCUGGAGUCUCUUCUGCACGACAUGGAUGGCCGCGUCCUUGAGCCCCUGAUCAUAGGAAGCUCGGAGAACCCGACUCUGAGUGAAUGCGCCCUUCUAGCCCAGCACAAGUUCGACCUGCUAGUAUCCCGCGACGAGGAAAUAUUGCAGAAUGGGUCCUUGCCUACGGGCCCGCCCCUUUCUAUCUUGAAGGCGAUGAUCGAGCCGUACUUCGCAACCAUUAACCCGCACUUCCCAAUAUGGUCGAAGGAAUCCUUCAUACAACAUACCACGGCGCUACAUGAGUUGGACUCACCCGAAAGAGACCUGGCGCAGGUAGUGUGUUCGAAUAAUCUCAUUCUAAUGACAUUGGCGCCCAAUUCUCUGCAUCCUCCUCCUCACCCUCACAAACCCAAUCCGUCGAAGGCGCACCGCGGUAGCUCGACUAUCGACCUCGAUCUCACCAAGGGGUUCCUCGCCAACGCCAAGAGGGCAAUUGAGCAUGCGGAGCUCUUGAUCUCACCCCGGCUUAUCAACGUCCAGGCCCUCUUAUCCCUGUGCGUGGUCGCUCAAGAGCACAUGUCACUCAACGUGUUCGCGAAGCUAUUCAACCUGGCUUCUCAGUGCGCAAAGUCGAUCGGGCUCCACGACUGGGAGAGCAGCGCUCAAGGCCAGGGGGGAGACGAAGAGAGCAGAGAAAGACAGUGCGUCUCCUACUGCCUCUACGUCUUGGACAAGGCAGUGUGCUGGGCCGUCGGCGCAUCCCCCAGCAUCCUGGCGUCUGACGUGAGCAUAAAGCCAGCCCCGGGCAUACAUCACGACCCGUCUAUGAACGACUUAGUCGCGAAGGCGAGAUUGGCAGAGAUCCAAGAGAGCAUUCAUUCGGAGAUUUACGCUCUUCGCGCCCCAGCCAGGACCGAAACCCAAGUUCGCCUCCUGAUAUUCAAAUUCGACCAGCGGCUGCAGCAGUGGUUAGCCGACUGGGGUAUCGACCUCGAAGAAGCCGAGAACGGGGCCUCCCCGACUUCUACGUCGACAAUCGAGUUAUCCGUCGGGUUCACCUGCACCCAAUUGUUAUACUUGUGGCCCUUUAGAGAACACCCGGAUGUGGUAUACCAGCGCAUAGAGAUCUCCAGGAGGUGUAUCAGGCUGUUGCUGCGUUUAUGGCGCUCCGCGGCGGACUUGGGACGCCAGGGCGUGUUUCCACGAGCGAUAGCAUCGCACCCACCUCUGUAUCUUCACGAGAUCGCUACCAACGUAGUCGCCGAGCAAGGCCACGAUUCGGACGCUGACUUGCUGCAAUCAUUUGCCGAGAUGCUUCAUAAUGUGACGGAUCUACGAGAUGAGGGUUGUUAUAAUAGGCGACUGUACGAGGUUUCGACCAUCCUAGUAGAUGUUAUAACAUCAUUAAGGACGCAGCGAAAAAGACGGAGGACGCAACAGAGCAGUCCACCAUCAUCGCUGACAUCUCCGACACACACACGCCGGGUAUCGUCCUAUAGUACGCCCCCAUCCGAUAUGUAUCCCGCCGUAACCGCCGAAAGCAACAACAUGUCCUCGCAAGUGCAAUGCAGCAGCCAGACUCCCGGCAAGUUUCCGGCGGUGAACUUCGGGCCGCUGCUGUCGCCGGCUGAUUCCAGGGCGGCCGGAAGUUCCGUGGGGUGUUCGGACGAUGGGUUAGCGACGAUAAUAGGGGGCUCAUUUGAGAAGGGGCCGUUCGAAACAUUUGAUCUCCUUACGUACGCCGGGUCACAAUCACGGCCGAGGACCGAGAACCUCGCCGAGAAGGAGAUGUGGUGGAAUUGAAGGGAGGAUUCGCCCCUGAGUCCGAGGUUGGGACAGAAUAAUUAGCUAAUACGGGGGCUUCCCGGAGACAAGGGAUAACAGGUAGUACGAGAUGAGUAUAUAAAUAUAUAUACAUUGAUGUAUAGGUAUACUCCCGGCAGAAUCCUGAUCGCCAAGAUGAGGCAGCGUAAUCAAGGCGGGUUCAAGGAGGAAACGGGGUGUCGGAGACUCUGUCAGACAAUAUCAGAAGUGUGUAUCGAUAUACUGUAGUUUUAUCCCAACGCAGGCGAUCCCGGGAAUUCAACAUAGAUGCGGAUCGAAGAAACAGCCCAAUAUUAUGCCAA